GCAUCAUCGACGUCAAAUUGCCUAAAACGCUCAAAACAAAAGUCCAAAACCGUGAGAAUUUUUCGGACCCGGGUAACCCCGCCCGAACUUUGCGUUCCGAUCUCUGUGGGCAUAAUCGGGGGUCCUGCUGACUGUUCGUGGACGUAUUCCAGGGCGACAAAUACCGUCGAAGACCGAGAAGCAAAAAUCUGGGGUAAUGGUGGUCGCCCGGCUCUCACAGUCGCAUACAUAUGACCCAAGGACUGAAUGGAGCAGGGUGGAAACGGAGUACAAAGUACGAAAGCGAGCUGUGGAGCCAAUCACAUCAGACUCAGAAGGAUAUGGCGGGGAUGCGAUCACGUGCGUGGGUCUCGUCAUACUUCGGUUCUUCCUCCAUAGCUGACUUACUAACCACGGGAUCGACCAAGAAUGGGCGAUGUAUAUAGUGUUAGACUGGCCCCACGACCACUUGUCACCCACCCACCACCAUCAUGCCUUCUAAGCAAGUCUUCUCGACGCCCGACAACGCUGUCUACACCACCUCCAACGGCGCACCCGUCUCCGAGCCGUACGCUGCGCAGCGAGCAGGUAUCAAUGGCCCUCUGCUGCUCCAGGACUUCCACCAUAUCGACCUUCUCGCCCAUUUCGAUAGAGAACGUAUUCCUGAGCGUGUUGUUCACGCCAAGGGCGCAGGUGCUCACGGAUACUUUGAAGUCACCCACGACCUCUCGGACAUCACGUCAAACAGUCUCUUGACGUCGCCAGGGAAGAAGGUGCGCGCGACGGUCCGCUUCAGUACCGUCGGCGGUGAGUCCGGUAGUGCCGACACUGCUCGUGACCCACGAGGCUUUGCUAUGAAGCUUCGCACCGAGGAAGGCAAUAUGGACUGGGUAUUCAAUAACACGCCCGUUUUCUUUAUUCGCGAUCCCGCCAAGUUCCCGCACAUCGUCCAUACGCAGAAGAGAGACCCGCAGACGCAUCUCAAGAAUCCAGAUAUGUUCUGGGAUUAUCUUGGUCAGAACCCAGAGAGUAUCCAUCAAAUGAUGAUUCUGUUCAGUGACCGUGGGACGCCUGAUGGUUUCCAUAACAUGCACGGAUACUCGGGCCAUACCUUCAAAUGGUUGAAGGAAGACGGCUCGUUUGUAUACACGCAAGUUCACGUUCGCGCUGAUGGCGGUUUCAAGACUCUUGACGAUGCAACCGCCGGCAAGUUGGCUGGGUCCAACCCUGACUAUGGUAUUCAAAGUCUGUUCGAAGCCAUCGAAUCUGGCAAUUAUCCGUCAUGGACCGUAUACGUCCAAACGAUGACGCCUGAGCAGGCUGAGAAGUUCCGUUACAAUAUUUUGGACCUCACCAAAGUUUGGCCACAAAAGGAAUUUCCGCUUCGCCCAUUCGGCAAGCUGGUCCUGAACGAAAAUCCACAGAACUACUUUGCUGAGAUCGAACAGGCCGCGUUUUCUCCGUCGCAUCUUACUCCUUACAUCGAACCUUCGGCAGAUCCAGUUCUUCAGUCGCGUUUGUUUGCUUACCCCGACACUCACCGUCACCGACUCGGCACGAAUUAUCAGCAGUUACCUGUUAACGCGCCCAUCGUACCCGUGGCCAACUUCCAACGGGAUGGGCCACAGACUUUCGUCAGCCAAGGAGCAAGACCGGGCUACCAGAGUAGUAUUAGCCCAUUGAGUUACAAAGGUAGAAAGGCGACGCUUGAUGGGCAUGUGAGGGAUCAAGAAAGGAUUGCCAAGCAUGAGAACUUUAUUGGGUCGGCCUACAGGGACUUGCAUGAGGUUACCGAACUGGACUUCGAGCAGCCCCGUGCUCUGUGGGCCAAGGUUUGGGACGACCAGCAACGCGAGGUGUAUGUACAGAAUGUCGCAGCUCAUUUCGGUAACGUCAAGAAUCCUGAGGUCAAGGCUAGACAACUCUCUGUAUGGGCGGCCGUUGACCAAGACUUGUCUGACCGCAUUGCCAAGGCAAUCGGCCAUCCAUCUGUCAAACCACUUGCCUGCAAGCCCGCACACGAGGCAGUUCAGUUUAAGGCAAACAUUGGGUUCGCGGCUAAGCAGAGGUUGUAA